GUGUACGGGCGGUUUCUUGAGCAGCUGCACCGUCGUGGCAUGCUCCAGUUUUGCAAGUGGGAUGGCAAGGCCCCGACUUUGGGGGCCUUCACGGUUCGCAAGAAGGGGGGCCGCCAGAGGCUCAUCUUCGACACCAGGCUGGUCAACCUGCACUUUCGACAGGCGCCUGCUACCGAGCUGCCGUCGGCCGCAUCCUUCUCUCGUUUGGAGAGUGAGGCCGCCACCCCGCUGUACUUCGCCUGCGGGGACAUCGAGAACGCUUUCUACGCGAUGCGGAUCCCAGCAGGCUUGUGUUCCUUCUUCAAGCUCGGGCGGGUCCGCGCGGGCAUGGUGGGGAUCACCUCUCUGGGCGGCGCAGCGGUGGAUUGUGGCGACUGGCUCACCCCUCAGCUCACCAUCCUGCCCAUGGGUUGGAGCUGGGCCAUGCACCUGUGUCAGAUGGUCACGGAGUCCGCCCUGGUGCGGGCGGGUGCGCCAGUCUCACGGCACGUCCGAGAUCGCAGCGAGGGGCUGGUGCUGGGGAAGCAGGACGGCCUGGGUGCCGCCGCCUACGUGGACAACUUCUUGGUGCUCGGCGCUAGCCAGUCGGAGGUGGACGCCACCGCGGCGCGUGUGGAGUCGGAGCUGGUCAACCUCGGCUUCUCAGUGCACGAGCAGCAGCGGGCCAGCAAGAGGUGCUCGUUCGUGGGGCUGGAGCUGUGCGGGGCAUCGCACUGCGCCCGCGUGUCCCCGAAGCGCCUUUGGCGAGUGCGCUAUGCGAUCGACGAGCUGCUGGCCCGGGGGUCCGCGCGGGGGGAGAUCUUGGAGGUCCUCCUCGGGCACUGCACCUGGAUCAUGCUGCUGCGCCGGCCGUCGCUCGCCAUCUUCGACGCGAGCUACCGCUUCUGCCAGGCUGCGCGGGACGAGGCCCUCCCCCUGUGGGCCUCGGUGCGCUGGGAGCUCCGCACGCUGCGGAACUUGCUGCCGUUGCUCUCCGCGCGCCUGGCAGCCCCGUGGCAUGCGGAGGUCUCCGCCUCCGAUGCCUCGCCGUGGGGCGGCGGAGUCUGCGUCCGACCGGCUAGCUGCAGCGCCGCUGCCUCGCUGGGGCGGACCGUGGAGCGCUGGCGGUACCACUUCGAUGAGGCCAUCACCGCCCGCACGCACGCGCUCGAGGGCGAGGGGGUGGCCACCACGCUGCGGCGGCCCGCGGCGCUGCCGAGCGAGGCUGCGAAGGACCUGGACAAGCAGUUCGGCGAGGUCCCGGCGUCCUUCAUGCAGGGCCCUAGCUGGAAGAUUGCAAUGUCCUUCCCGUGGCGGGACAAGCACGACAUCUACUACGCAGAGGGGCUGGCCCUAUCCGCCUCGCUGCGGCACGCGCUGCGGUCGCGGGGCGCCUUCGGGCACCGCCUGGUGCUUCUGGUGGACAACCUGUCUCUGGCUCUGGCUGCCGGCAAGGGUCGAGGUUCGGCGGCGCAGCUCCGCAGCGUGCUGCGCGAGCUUUGCGCGCUGGCGCUGGCCUGCCGCCUGCAGCUGCACGUGCGGUGGGUCCCGAGUGAGCUCAACCCUGCCGACCGCCCGUCCCGCGGCUACCUGUACAUCGACGCGCAGAAGCGGGAGGCGGCCGCGGAGGCGACGAAGGUGGCGCUGGAGCCGGGGUUGACCUAUCUGGAGCAAAGGUCGAUCUCGAAGCCCGUGCUGGCCGACUACCGCAGGCGGGCGCAGGCCUUCGUGACUUGGGCCUCCGAGAGCCACCUGGACUGGAGGGGCUCGGCGGAGCUCGACUCCGUGCUCGUGGAAUACUUCAACCUGCUCUACUUCCAGGGGUACAGCGGGGACGAUGUGCCAAGCUGGGGCAAGUGCGUCCCGCGGCGCUCGCGCCAGCCCCUCCCGUGGCUGGUGGUGGCCGCGUUGGCCGGCGUGCUCCUGCGGUGGCAGCUGGUGGAGCACGUCGUGGCGAUGAUCCUGAGCUUCAGCACCAACAUGAGGCCCGGGGAGGCGGACUCCCUCGUCGGGCUGCAGGUCGUCGAGGGCGUCGCGGAGGGCAGCGGCAACGGCGGCGCCGUGGCGCCGGUGCUCUUCCCGGAGGAGAUGGGGGUGCCCAGCAAGACGGGCAUGUGGGACAUGACAGUGCCUCUGGACACUUUCCGCUUCCUCGGCCCGUCGCUCCUCGCCCUCAAGAGGCGGUGCCGGGCGCUGAAGGACCGACUGUGGAGCUACCCCCCGGGCGACCUCGGACAGAAGAUGCGCGCGGCCGCGGAGGAGCUCGGCCUUGCCCUGGCCUCUCCAUAUCAGCUGCGGCACGGCGGGGCCUCCGACGACCUCGCGGCGCGCCGGCGGACCGCCCUGGAGAUCCAGGCGCGAGGGGGCUGGGCGAGCCCGCGGUCGUUCCUGCGGUGCGCCAAGCCCGGGCGGAUCCUGGCGGAGAUGGCGAAGCUUCCCGCCGGGGUCCUGGACUUCGGCAGGGCGGUCGACGCGGCGCUGGCCGAGAUCUUCCUGAGGGGG